AAGAAAAAUCCAUCGCAUCGCAGAAUAGGUGAAGAAUAUCAAAUUAUCGCCCUCUGACUGGUAUCAGAUAUCAAAACCAUGGCGCUUUACUCGGCGUUCUUCAUAGUUGAAUUUUUGGGGAUAAUAAUUGCGCUCCUCUCUGCCAUUUACAUCUACUUCAAGUAUGUGGCUUUCAACUACUGGAGCUCAAGAAAUGUCGUAUCUUGUGAGACAAUUUUUCCUUUUGGCAGUAUGUGGCCUGUAUUUUCAGUGAAAAAUUCAAUAGGUGAAUUUUUCCGCGAUACUUACUUGAAGUUCAAGAAAAACCGCGUCUUCGGUGUUUACACCUUUCACAAGCCUGGACUAGUGAUCUGCGACCCCGAACUCAUACGCCAUGUCCUUACAAAGGAUUUCGGGCACUUUCACGACCGUGGAGUAUUUUCGGAGGAAAAGAUUGACCCUUUGUCGUUACAUCUGUUUAACGUCCCUGGUGCUAAAUGGAGAUUCUUGAGGACCAAGUUCACCCCUACAUUCACUUCAAGCAAAAUGAAGCAAAUGUUUUUCACCGUCAAAGAUUGUUCUGAGACACUCGCCGCGUUUGUGGCCGAUAAAGCUAAGAAUUCGGAAUUGGUCGAGGUGAAAGAUCUCGUAGCAAGGUACGCCACUGACGUUAUAGCCUCUGCGGCUUUCGGAAUACAGUGUAACAGCAUCGAGAAUCCUGAUACAGGAUUUCGAAAAUGGGGACGGAAGAUUUUUCAAAACAAACCACUAAAAAAUAUGGUCUCAGUUAUGGUCCCAUCCCUGUUGGAUUUAUUCCAUAUUCGUGCAGUUGACAAGGAAAUAGCGGACUUCUUCAUAGGUGCAUUCAAGGAAACGGUGGACUACAGGACGGCCAACAACGUGGUCAGAAAGGACUUCUUAGACCUGGUCAUGCAACUGGUGGACCGAAGUUACGUGCAGAAUGAUGAUCGAAAAAAAACAUCGCCAUCGUCAGAGUCUGAUACCAAGAGAAUCACCCUUAUCGAAGGAGCUGCACAGGCCUUCGUCUUCUGGGCAGCCGGCUUUGAGACUACCUCUUCAACCGUCACCCAUUGUCUUUACGAAAUGGUAUUGCAUCAGGAAAUGCAGGAUAAACUGGCGAAGGAAAUAAACACAGUUCUUGAAGAAUUCGGAGGCGUAUCUUACGAAAGCGUUAAGGCGAUGCCCUACCUUGACAAAGAAUAAAGUUCCAGCUGAUAUUUUCUCGUCUUUCCAGAAACGUUGAGAAAGUAUCCACCGUUGGCGAUGCUGAACAGAGAGUGCACAGCAGAUUUUGAGCUACCAGGAACUGGCCUCCGCGUCGAAAAAGGUACUUCGGUAAUAAUUCCGACUCUCGGGCUCCACUUGGACCCCAACUUAUAUCCAGAGCCUGAAAAAUUCGACCCCGAACGUUUCAACGAAGAGAAUAUCGCGAAUAGACAUCAGUACACUGAUCUUCCGUUUGGCGAAGGGCCGAGAAUUUGCAUCGGUAAGAGGUUCGGUUUGGUGCAAACAAAGGUUGCGAUUAUCGCUUUGCUUUCCAAAUACCGUUUCAAUCCUGGACCAAAUUUGCAAAUACCGCUGAUAAUGGACUCAGGCAAUUUUGUGUAUACCACUAGAGAUGAACUAGAGCUUCGCGUCGAAGAGCGAUCAAGUAUGAUAGACACAUUUGUAAUCAAACUCACCAUUUGUGAACUAAAGUAUCUCGUGGAUGUUUGUGGCUCAUCAGAUAGCUAUACAUUGGAAGCCAACAAGUGGAGGAAGUUAUCUCGGAAGUCCGGGGAAAACCUAGUCGCGAAAGAGGGGAUGGCAAAUGAAGAUUUCGUGGUUGAAGAACCUGACAACUCCAGUGAAGUCUUCAAAUCAUAUUUUCGUACAUUAGAAGAUAUAAUAACAAAAAACAUGGUGCUUCACUCCAGCUAUUUCAUCCUGGAAAUCGGCGGAAUAAUAAUUGCCAUUGCCAUAUCUGUCUAUGUGUACUUAAAAUAUGUGGCCUUCAAUUACUGGAGUUCGAGAAAUGUCAUUUCUCCAGAGCCGGUCAUUCCUUUUGGCCAUAUCAAGCCCGUCACCGAGAGAAAACGUUCAAUAGGUGAACUUUUCAAAGAUAUCUACUUGGAGUAUAAGAAAAAUCCAAUUAUUGGUGUUUAUUUUUUUACCCGGCCUAACCUCGUCGUCGCUGAUCUGGACCUCUUACGUUUUGUUCUGACAAAAGAAUUUCCGCGCUUCCACGACCGUGGAGUUUACUGCGACGAGAAGGCUGAACCUUUGUCUGGACAUUUGUUUUCGCUACCUGGUGCCAAAUGGAGAUUUUUGAGGAACAAGUUCUCUCCCACGUUCACUUCCAGUAAGAUAAAACAUAUGUUCUCUACGAUUAAGGAGACUUCCAGCAGACUUUCUCAGAUUGUUGAGAAAAAAGCACGAAAUUCUGAAGUGAUUGAGAUAAAAGAUCUUAUGGCAAGGUUUUCCACCGACGUGAUCGCCUCGGUGGCUUUUGGCAUUGAUUGUAACAGCCUAGAGAAUCCAGAUGCUGAAUUCCGGGCGAUGGGUAGAAAGUUUUUUGCGCCGAGAAAGGGUAUAACCGGAUUUGUUUUCGCAUUUCCAAUUUUGCAUAAACUGUUUAAAUUCCGUGCGAUCGACGAAGAAGUAACCAAUUUUUUCAUGGGCGCUUUCAAGGAGGCCGUGGAAUAUAGAACGGCCAAUAACGUCGUUCGAAAAGACUUUUUAGACUUGGUUAUACAGCUGAUAUAUAAAGGCUACGUUCAUAAUGACGACGAAAAAACACCGCUGCCUGGGACAGUUGACGAGCAGAAGAUCACCAUGGACGAAGGAGCCGCACAAGCAUUCGUCUUCUGGGUUGGUGGCUUUGAUACAUCAUCGUCAACGGUGACUCAUUGCCUCUACGAGUUGGCACUGAAUCAGGAAUUGCAGGAGAAAACAGCCGCGGAAAUAAACAGAGUCCUCGAAGAAUUCGGGGACGUUACUUACGAGUCCAUCAAGGCGAUGACUUAUCUUCACAAAGUCGUUUCUGAAACGCUGAGAAAGUACCCGGUCGUCCCGAUACUCAACAGAGAGUGCACCGAGGAUAUUGACCUGCCUGGAACCGGCUUUCGAGCCACCAAGGGUACUAAGAUUAUUGUCCCGGUUCUUGGGAUCCAUUGGGACCCCGACCUAUAUCCGGAACCAGAGAAAUUCGACCCGGAACGGUUUAACGAGGAAAACAUUGCCAAGAGGCACUCGUACGCUUACUUGCCAUUUGGCGAGGGGCCCAGGAACUGUAUCGGUAUGAGGUUCGGGUUGGUGCAGUCUAAAGUUGGCCUGAUCCGGAUGUUGUCAAAGUUCCGUUUUACUCCUGGGCCAAACUUGGAAGUGCCUUUAGUAAUGGACAAGGCAAACUUCGUGCAGAUGGCCCUAAAUGGAGUAUCAUUGCGUGUCCAAAUGCGAUAAUGCGAUGGAGUCAAUGUGUAGUAUUCAAUUGAUAUUGUGCAAUGUAAGUGUAAGAUUCCCUGAUUGGAUAAACGGUACCU